CGGGCGCCCCGCCCACCCUCGCUCCGUCCCUCAUCUUCCUCCUCGCGCGAGCGCCGCCACCCCUCCCUCCCCAUCCCGCUGCCGGGCGCCGCAGACCCCUGCCUCGUCUCCUCCACCGUAGGUAUCUAUCUCCCAUUCGAUUCUCUCGGUCCCGACCUCCCAUCACCCCACGAGGCCCCUUCAGUUCCCCGUCAUAAUCUUCCCCAAUUCGUAACUGAGGCAAAAAUCAAGGUUGAUUAGCUGCAUUCCUGCACAGGUACCAUGCCUGCUGGUGACAACCCACACUCGAUCUCAGAGAAAAAGGCAGCAUUGAGGGAGUCACCCAAACAAUCUAAAAGUGCUGUUAUUCAGCAAGACAUAACUUCUUCUUUUCCUAAAGACAAAGCUGCUGAGAGUGUUGGCAUCAAGAGGCCACAGUUUAAUGGUGCCUUGACUCCAGCCAACCAUCAUAUGCCAGGAAAUCCAGGGACAAAUGGACAUCUUGUAUACGUGCGCAGGAGGCAUGAAACUGAUCAAAGCAAAGGUGGCACUUCUGUAAGUGCAGAAACUUUCACUUCUCUAAGCUCAAAGAAACCUGUUCUAGGUGGAUUGCAGGAAGAAAGUUUGAAUCAUCAGAACAGUGUGCCUCGUACUCAACCAGCUCCUGUUUCUGCGUCCCCUGCUGCGGCUGCUACUGUUCCUGCUUUGCCGUCUGGAAAUUUGCCGGGUCACUUUUCUUUUGGGAAACAAUCUCAAGAGAAGGUUACUGUUCAUCCGAGUAUUGUUGUGACUGCCAGCCCACCACAUCGCAAUGUUGUGUCUGCUGCAAUGCCUCGGAAUGUUACAGCUACUAAUAUAGCACCUACUAAUGUUGCGGCCACUAGCACAGCAUCCCGCGAGGCUGUAGCUACUACUGCAGCACGUAAUCCACCAGAUUUGCAAAGAUCAACCAAUGAAGAUAGGAAAGAGAGGUUUAUUCGGCUGCAGGCAUUCUUGAGAAAUAAUGAGCAAUCGGGCCAAGAUGAAUAUAUCCGCAUUCUACGGUCUUUGUCAUCGGUUGACCGGAGGAAGCAUGCCAUUGAGCUAGAGAAACGAGCAGUCAAUCUUUUGAUCGAAGAAGGGAAGGAGCUGCAGAAGAUGAAAGCUCUGAAUGUACUUGGCAAGCUUCCGUCCACCGAGCAUCUAUCACUACCAACUCAGCCCACUUUUGCGAUGCGCUUGCCGUUCGAGCCAUUCCCAGCCCGUCGUUGAAAAGAGAGGGAAAUCAGAUUUGCCACCGCAUAAUAAGUGCUUAGAGACUUUCUCAUAAAUGCUGCAACAUGGUCAAUAUAUUUUGCCUUCGCAGGAAUAAGCUGUUCAUGCAUAUCUCCUAGACAUGAUGCUAGCUCAACUGCCAUGCACUCAGUGCACCAAAUCCACAUAAUUUUGCUGCGGUUUGUGCAAGUUUCCUAUGAAGAAGGGAUGGGUCUGCUUUUAAAAAGCUAACAAGGGAUGUAUCUAAUGUACUCUGAAGAUAACUGCUUAGUGUGCUAUGCGAGACCAUUGCCAAAUUGAUUUGAACAUGGGGGCAUGUGGUUCACAAACUUCCCUAGUCUCUCUGUCCAGUAUAUUCAACUAGUCGCUGUGCUGCACUGACGUAGACUAGCAGUAUUGUUUCUUUGUGUCUGCUGUAUCUCCUCUUGUUUAAUUGCACGGGGACAUCAAGGUACGAAUUGUGGCAGCAAAAAGAGAGAAAAAAAGUGCUGGUAAUUUGACCAA